AUGCAUGAAUAUGGGAAAAUAUUUGGUGAUAAAGUUGCAGAGGCUUGCAUCUCAAAAUUUAAAAGCCUCGGAAAGACAGGCAAACCAAAGGAAAGCACAGAGUGGACCUUGCUUGCUUGCUUCAUAAAAGAGGACCAUCAUAAGGAGACAUUAGAAGUUGUGGCUUUAGGAACUGGGUCCAAGUGUCUCGGUGCACAGCAGCUGCCAAGUGCAGGGGAUGUUCUCCAUGACAGUCAUGCAGAGGUGAUAGCAAGGAGAGCUUUCAUGUUGUAUCUCUUAGACCAAGUGGAAAAGGCUUCAAAGAGCAAUAUUAGCAUAUUUGAGCAGAAAGAUGGUAAGUUUGCACUUAAGUCUGGGAUUAGUUUUCAUUUCUAUGGCAGCCACACUCCUUGUGGCGAUGCAUCUAUAUUUCCUAAGCAGGAGUGGAAUGAAUGUUGUGAACAAAACAUAGAAGCUAUACAAGAGAUAAAUUCUGAUAGCAGCUGCAAAAAACAUGACUUGGAGAUGGAUGCUCCAGCUCAUUUGAAUGAGGACUGUACUGAUAUUGACAACAGAGAACCACCAAUAAAGAAAAUUAAGAGGAAUGAAGUGAAUGUCACUGAAUUGGAGGACAGCAAAAUGAAUACUUUUAACAACAUUAUUGUAAAGGAAACCACUAACGUAAAUAAAACAGAAGAAAAUUCUGGAAAUAAAUAUUCCAAAUUUGUGAAUAGCAAGGCUGUUGAUAAUGCUAGAUUGUUUGCAGAAAAUAACAUUGGAAAUAUUACUGCAAUGCCUGAUAUUUACCGUACUGGGGCGAAAUGUGUAAGUGGUGAAAAGUUAGAUCCAAAAAUGCCUGGGUCUGAUUAUCAUGUAACUGGUGUCUUACGCACUAAGCCUGGUCGUGGUGACCCAACCCUCUCCCUCUCCUGUAGUGAUAAACUUUUUAAAUGGACAGUUCUGGGCGUACAAGGGGCUCUCUUAAUGUUGUUUCUUGAAGCACCUGUGUACAUGAAAACAAUAACAAUUGGAAGAUGCCCUUUCAGCCAGGAAGCAAUGGAACGUGCCCUCUUCGGCAGAUUUAAGAGUAAAGUAAGCAAAAUUAAGCUUCCAGAUGGGUUUCAAAUAGUGACACCACUCAUACUGUACUCUGAAGUUGAUUUCCCUUUUUCUCAAGGCUGCAUAAUGGGAAAUGCAUUGGAUGCUAGCAAGGUGAUACCAUCACCUACCAGUCUCAUCUGGAGUGUCAGCAACACUCACUGCAGCAAGCAUGAGGUUGCUACAAAUGGACGAAAGUUGGGCACUACCAAAAAAAACCAAGGCACCUCAAAGGGCUGGGUCAGCAUAUGUCGUCGAUCAAUCUUGCAAAGGGUACAAACUCUCGGUCAAGAGCAUAGUGAAGUUUUAAGCAGCCCAAUAGACGUACAUAAUUUUUCAUAUGGAGACCUGAAAUGCCAAGCAGAAAAUUACUGCAGAGCUUGGAAGGAAUUAAAAACACACGUUUUAACAAAUUGGACAGUUAAACCAAGUCUUGUACGGGAAUUCAAAAUUUGAUGAUGUGUAGAUUGGCAUUGUUAAAAUUGCUUGUUAGUCAUAUUGUAUUAUGUUAUGAUUAAUUGUUUUUCUGUGUUGCUGAUAAUUUUGUAUUGACUGCAUGCAGCUACAGAAUGUUUGGUGCUGGAUUGGUUAUAAUAUGUGCCAGAACAUUUUAGAUACUAUUUUAUUGAAAGUUCAACUAAAAUGAGGCAUUUUUUAAGUUUAUUAAACUUACUGGCAGUCAAAAUAUCAAUGUAUGUUAAUUUUUUUUAAGAACAAAGUAAAUCUUGAAUCCUAAAAUAGUAA